GUGCAGAUCUUCGUGAAGACCCUCACGGGUAAGACCAUCACCCUCGAGGUCGAGUCCUCGGACACCAUCGACAAUGUCAAGUCGAAGAUCCAGGACAAGGAGGGCAUCCCCCCCGACCAGCAGCGCCUGAUCUUUGCCGGCAAGCAACUCGAGGAUGGCCGCACCCUCUCGGAUUACAACAUCCAGAAGGAGUCGACCCUCCACCUCGUGCUCCGCCUCCGCGGUGGUAUCAUUGAGCCCUCGCUGAAGGCUCUCGCCUCCAAGUUCAAUUGCGACAAGAUGAUCUGCCGCAAGUGCUAUGCCCGCCUCCCGCCUCGUGCGACCAACUGCAGGAAGCGCAAGUGCGGCCACACCAACCAGCUGCGCCCCAAGAAGAAGCUCAAAUAAGCGGUUACUCUCCUCGGUCACGGUCGUCUGGCGUCUUACGGUUUUCUCGGCAUUGCAUGGUUCUGCGAGGGUUGGCAGGGGGUUAUACGGCACAUUCUGGCUGUACAUUCCGGAUGACCAUAGCUCAAGACUCCUGACCAUCUGAAUGACUUGCACGGCUAGCGGUGAUAUUUUAUACCUUGACUAUAAGCCCCUCGGAGUGAAAUACCCUUAUUCAUAUACACCGUAGUUGGCACAGACUGGCGGCGGAUCAGGUCACGUGACUAGCACUUGGCUCGAGUUACUGUUUCAAGUUGUCUUAAAGUGGGGCCG